GAGCUUGAGGGAGCAGCGGAAGCACCCGCCUGCCGAAAGUGACCAGGGCGAGGGAGGACGGAGCUUCGGCAGGGGUAUGGAGGGUCAGGCCCGCGUCCUCGAUCAAUCCCUGGCUGCUGCGUCCCUGUGUCCCGCGUCCCGACCCUUGCAUGUGAUCCUGACUCCGGCUUGAUCUCCCUCCCCCUCCCCCUGCCGUGCCCCUUACUCCAAGGUCAAUCACAUGGCAAGAUAGGUUGUGAAAGACGUUUGAAGAUUCAUGGCGUCGGGAGAGUGAGUUGCAAGACGUCAGCUUAAGCCCCACUUGCCUCAGGGCGGGGAUCUUCAAAGUACGAGUCGCGAUAAAUCACUAUUGGAUCAUCAUUUUUUAUAGACGGUAAGUAAAUACAGACGAUGGGAGACACACAGCUUUAAUACUCUCAAGAGGCUUACAAAUGGGUAUUAGUAUGGAAAGCCUGAAGAACACUGGCUUAGCACGAUGCGAUGGUUUAUUGGAUGAUAAUAAAGUUAGUAGGGUUGUGGUGUUUCUGUGCCGUGGGGUCAGAGCGAGAGGGGGAUGGCCUCACGACAGCUCCCAUCAGUCACGCAUUGUUGGGGCUUCUUCACUCGUCCAUUCGUCCGUCAUUGUAGUGGUCCGAUAACGCAGCGAGGGAGGACAGGACGCGCGCAUUGAAGACAUGAAGGAUAAAAGAAGAAAAUACUGCACAAAAUAACUUGCCACCAUUGCUUCCUCUAAGAUUACCCUCACAAUUCACGCGGAAAAAUAAAAAUCACUUGUAAACUGUGAAUGUACCCAUGGAAUAUAAACGGAGCUUACCUUUAACUUAAUGGGAAUGACACUCAAUUCAGUUCAACAAAACGGCCAUAUGAAAAGAAUAAGUCGCAAGAUGGUCGUGGGUUUGCAUUUCAGUCACGGUUGGAGUUUUCAUUCGGGUAAGUUAAUUCGAAGCCAAGGCGGAGUCGUCGGGAGGCAGUGGUGCGGUACCCGGGCCGUGUCAAUGGAGAAGCGAGGCAACAGCGGCAGUCGAGUUGUAACAGUGGUCGCGGAGGGAAGGAUAUCGCUCGCGCUCCUCGUCUCGCGCCUCCACGUGUGUUAGUGUUUCUCCUUAUCUUUGCUGCCGAUGUCAUGCCGGAAAACGCAAAGAUACGACAGCCAGAACCUUGAGUGGGUCCAGUGUCGUGUUGUAGCUUAGUCUGGCUGCUUAAUAUGAUCGUGACGUGAGUGUUGUUGUAGUUCCUUUUCACAUCAUGUCACGUUUCGGGAAUGACAGCCACGUGUGAGAUGAUAACGUGUGGGAAUGUGUGUGUAUCUGCUUGCCAGUAACGUGUUUGUCUCGUGCUGAUAACCAGUUUCGGGGUGAGGCGAGGUCAAACGUUGCAGCGAUGUACGGAAUUCGCCUCAAGGCGAGAUCUUCACACGGCGCCACCACCCCCGCCGCCUCAACCACCCAAAGCGGCGACGCCUCCUCUGACCGCGAGUCGGGGGCGGGGCUCACACACUCCCCGGGAUACAAGGAAGUGUCUGGGAGUCGCGUGGAUUUCACAGAGUACAAUAAUAACACGCUGCUGACGGGUGUGGGUAAUGCCGUUGAUCUGAUGUCGGGUCUCGGUGGAGGCCCUUCUGCUAGUCUGCUGUCGGGGAGGAUGUUGUCAAGUAGCAGCAGCAGCAGGAGCAAUGUGGUAGCAAGGUCGAGCUACGCCCACAGUGCCUUCCUAUCGGACACGUGCAUCUCCCAGGCGGAAUACUUCGGGAGGAGCACGAUGGUGGAGGAGGCACAGACAGGCGGCGUCAUUAGCAGCAAGACGACGGUUCAUUCGAAGAGCUACACGGCCCAGAGGCAGCGCCACGGCCGGGCACCCCAGCAGACUCCGGAAGUGUACGUGGAGCAUGUCAGUAACGGGACGGCGGUGCAGCUAGAGGAAGUCCAAAGCGGGGUUAGUGUGCGGCGGAAGCGGGUGUCGUUCAAAUCAAAGGUGCGCCAGAAACCAGCGGAAGUGAGUCAAAGGAAUACCGGAAUCAAUGCGGGUGUGUGUCGCUCCGUCCCGGUGCAAUACGAGGACGACAGUGACGAGGAUAAGCCCGAGGACGAAGACGCUGCGGAGUUUCGUAGAGGCGUGGGCAGCAGUCGGGAAAAUGGUCACCAGGGCGGGUCGAUGCGACGCUCCUUCUCAAAGUCCGCCAAUGACCUGCUACACCGAACACGCUCGCCGUCGGGGGAGAGGUCGAGCGAGGCCUCCCCCAAGGGCUCCCCGACGUUGGGCGCCCGCAAGUCUGAGGAGGGGGAGAGGGCGCGCGCCAACACCCAGCCCCGCCCCGCGCCCUCUUUCUUCACCACUCUCAGGAGAGUUAAAAAGAUGGCUGCCGAGCUCAGACUGAAGGUUUGUCUCGAGAAGAGCCACACGAAGUUUCACCGCACACUGAGCAAGGAGAGCAAGAUGGUGGCGCGGCGGAAGGACGUGCUGGUGGACGGCGUCAGGAGCAACUCCCACCCAGAUGUGAGUGUAGAGAGGCAGGACAGCACGACAGACUAUGCGGCUGACUACUCCUCAGCGGAACAGUCCUCGUCGGGCACACCCCUCACCAUGUCCCCCCGCCGAGGCCCCCACCUUGCUGCCACCAGAUUCAACUCUAACGACACCAAAGAUACAGAGUCUCAGGGUAACAAGGAAGUACUUGGGGAGGCAGUGGCUUCUGCUGAAGCAUCUAUUGACCCAGACACUAGCGGGGCACAGGGAGAGUCGGGUGACCUGGGAGCCUCCAUAGCAUCGAACUUCUCACCGCCCACGCCGGCACGUGUCACCCACAUUGCCCUAGACACGUCCCCAAGCCUACUCCUUGGCCAUGGGGCAGAAAGUGAUACCUCCCAACAGCCGAUGUUGUGUGAAGGUGAAAGUGUGACGGUGGCUGCCCCCUCACCCCCCCAGGCCUCCUCCAGCACCACCAACACCGUCUGUGAGGUCUGGUCAAAGGAGGAUCCGGCUGUGCUGCGCCAGCGAGCCCUCCGCCAACACUCCUUUUUCCAGCUCCAUGUCCAUCUCAAGCGUGGCCAAGACCUGGUGGCCAGGGACGCCUGCGGUAAGCUCCUCCCCCAAUACUCAUCCUACCAGUCAGGAGAAACAACGAGAGCAGGAACCAGUGAUCCCUAUGUCAAGUUCAAGGUUGGAGGAAAGCUUGCACACAAAUCCAAGACUGUUUAUAAGGACCUCAAUCCCACUUGGGAUGAGACCUUCACUCUCGCCAUUGAGGAUCCAUUUGAGCCAGUUACAGUCAAGGUGUUUGACUAUGACUGGGGCCUGCAGGACGACUUCAUGGGCCUGGCCACCAUCGACCUCACCACACUCGAUCUUGACAAGUGUACAGAAGUUGCCUUGCCCCUGGCGGAGCCUCGCAAGACCCCCUCACCCUACAUGGGAGUGAUACACAUGAGCCUCACCUUGCAGCCGAAGACUCAGGAGGAGAAGGAACAGGUAGGUGAUGCUUUCUGCUUCCCCAUGUCAGCUUUCUAAAAACGGAACGUCAACAACAACAACCCGGGGAAUACGUAAGUGUUCAAUUUUUCUUUGUCAUGAAAGUCCAAGUAUCAGUGGAACUCAGUAUUCCUGCUUCUCUGAAGUUGAUGAAGUGUUACAGGAACAAAGUAUGUAUGCAAAUGUUACAAAUUUAUGUAAAUCAGUGUUUUUUUUUAUUUGUAGGCAUUCCAGUUCUCAUAGAUGUUGGCAAAUUUUUCUUACAGUAGCAGUGUCAGAGCUUUCAUGGACAUCAAUAAAGUAGAUAUCCAGUUUGCUUGCACUGAAUGGCAUUUCACAUUUAUUGGUUGAAUUGUCCCCCAGUCAUUGCAUGAAAACCUAUGUAAACAUGCAUAAAAUUUUAGGGGAACAGUGUCAACACAGCUUGGGUAUGAAGUUUGAAGGUUGCCAUGAAUGAAAUGGAAAUGAGGAGGAAACAUUGGAAUCAGCAUUUUGAAUAAGAAAGCAUGAAAUGUCUGAGAAUGUGAAGCUUAUGCUGGGACUGCAUAUAGGCAAUACAAAUAUCUUGUAGUCAGUGUUGCUGGGAAGUAAAUGGGAAAUGCAAUGUGCUGUACAUAUUUUAUAUAAAAUGGAGUGAUUUCUCAAAGAAUUUGAAGCAACUUAUUGGACGAUACAGAGCCCACACAAAUAUUACUGUGGCUAAUGGUGUCCUUUUUAUCAUUAGGAAAUGUGUCAGGCAAGUGUAACAGGUUUUAUGAGUGCAACUGAAAAGCAAAGGAACCAGACUAACCAAAGGACUUGUCCUGGAUGCUGAUUGUAGGAGUAAUGGGCAGCUGUUAGAUAUGUAUUACCAUAACAUACAUAAAGUGAUGUUUUAAAGAAUAUCAAGGCCUAAUACUUUGCUCUAAAGCUGGUCUGCACAUUGUUGUUGUGCCAUUUAUGAAUAUUUAGCAAAAGCAAAGAACAUUAGCAUAUAACUUUCCUAUUUUGUUUAAGUUUAAGAAAAAAAUAUUACUAAUACCGAUAGAGAAUCAGUAGCCACCAACUCUAUUAGCAAUCUCUUCUUUGGGUAAAUCGUCUAUAGUAUUUAUCCUUUUAAUUUCACCCGUUCUAAGGAUGUGAUUCACUCUUCCCAUUUGGUUUUAGUUGAGUUUCAAGGUCUCAUCCAGCCUUCAUUCUUAAUUAGGCUUUAUCUCGAACCCUUUUGGAGAUAAUGAUACCCCUGGGAGUGCGACUUGCUGCAUUUACUGAAAGGAAAGUGAUGAGUGUAUACAGUUAGUAAUGUGUGUGUGUGUGUGUGUGUGUGUAACAUUAAUUAUCAUGUGGGUGUAAAAAUUGAAAAAAAAAAGGAUAUCGUAAAAUUUCAUGAAUAUAACCCAUCAUUUUUAACUUUGUACAUAUCGUAAAAUUGUCAUUCUCUCACCUUAUCAAAUUGAAUGCAUCAUAUAUUUUACCAGUGAAAAAAACAAAACAAACCUGAACAAACUAAAAAAAAAGUAUAAGCACCUUAAUUACCUGAAAACAAGUUGACAUCCCUAACUUUUUUUUUUUUUUACUGUAAUGUAAUCAGUAAUUUGCCAUAUUGUACUGAGUGCGCUAUCAAUACUGUGAGAGACAAAUUACCCUGUCAGAAAAUAAAUUAGAGGUGUAGCGUUGCCAAAAAGAGAAGCCAUUAUAAUUAUGUCGUAUUGAAAUGUAAUCAGAAACUAAUCGUACCAUUUUGAGCGAUAUGAAUUAUGUGGCCGUGAAAACGUAUAACAAAAGCAAAAACAAGUAUGGGAACGUAAAACUGCAGAAAAAUAAGGCAACUUUGGUAGCUUUGUGCCAUAAAAAAGUCACUCUCUCACCAUACCGAGCUGAGUCUGAGCGUAAAAGAAAGGACUGAAGGAACCGAGAAUUAUUAGAGAGGUUAAAAACUCCCCCCCAAAAAAGCUUGGAUUCCUAACUCUGUACUGAGUGUGCCAAAAAAAAAAAAGCUUGCAUUCCUAACUCCGUACUGAGUGUGCCAAAAAAAAAAAAAAGCUUGCAUUCCUAACUCCGUACUAAGUGUGCUAAACAAAAAAGCUUGCAUUCCUAACUCCGUACUGAGUGUGCCAUGGAUCCUGAAGGUGAAAAAAAGAACCGUAGAGAAAGUGAGAAUCAUAGAGGUGCAAUAUUGUCAAAAAGAAGCCUUCAUCUCAGACCCCAUUGCAUAACAUAAUCAAGUAGCCAUACCGUGCUGAAUGCGCCCCGAUAAAUCCUGAGGGAGAAAUAAAGGAACGAUGAAAUGAGGAGAAAGAGAAUCAUAGAGGUGUGAAACUGGCUAAAAGAACCUUCAUCCCUAACUCCAAUGCGUAAUAUAAUCAGAAACUCGUUAUAACGUGUUGAAUGCCCUGUAGUGAAUCCUGUAAGUGAAAUAAAGGUCUAAAGAAACCUAGAAAAUUGUAAAGGUGUAAAAUGAUAAGAAAAAAAGCCUUGAACUCUAACUCUAUACCGUAAUAUAAUGAAAAAACAACAACUCGGCAUAAUGUGUUGAAUGAGCUGUGAUGAAUCCUGAGAGUAAAAACAAAACAAAACAAAGAAACAGAGAAACAGAGGUGUAAAACUGUCAUAAGAAGCCUCCAUUCCUAACUCCGUACCGUAACAAAUUCAGAAACUCACCCUAAACUAAUUUCACCACUAACUUCAGCGUACGUUCCCUCGCGGCGCUGUCUCUAAGCUUACCGAGGCGAGCAGCGAGCAAGGCCGAUGUUGUCUGUAUCCAUGUGAACUGCGAUCCUCUGAACUCCGUGUCCUUCCUGGAGGGCGAGGUGGGGGUCAUAACCUUGGCCCGUGCGUGAUUCGGGUCAGGUGUGCGUGUGGAGGAGUGAUGGAAGGUAACAGGUGUGGAUUUAUGGGCUUUGUGGAAGAGGGAGAGGAGUGGGAGGAAGAGGGUAAGGAGGGUGUGUAGAGUCUAGAAGGUAGAGAUGAAAAGAUUAUGGAGGGGGUGAAGUUUGUGGAUAAAAUGCGGAAGAUGAAAAGGAAUGGAAUAGAAAGUGGGGAGUCUUGGAUUGAUUGGGUGUAUUUUGGGGAGAGAGAGAGGACUAGAACUGUAAACGGGGAAGAGGAUGCGAAAGGGAGGGUGUGUGUAGGUAUGGUGUAUGUAUAUCGGAGAAAGUAAGAGAGAGCUAAAGAAACGGAAUUAAAAUGGGGUGACUGAAGCUUGCGAGUGAAAUGUGGCAGGGAAAGAUAAUGCACGCGAAAAGUACGAAGUGUAGCUAGGGUGUAUGUAUGUAUGUAGCUGAGAAAGAAAGAGAGAGAGGAUGAGAGAGAAAGAAAGGGAUUGAAAUGGGGUUACUUAAACUUGUGGGUGAAAUAUGACAGGGAAAGACCAUCGGAAGGAGGAGGAGGAGGAGUGUGUAAGAUGACUUGGGUACGUUUAAGACAGAAGAAAAUUAUGAUACUGAAGUUUGUGAUUUAUAGUAGACGAAGAUUGAGGCGUUGAGAAGAGGAGGGAGGAGUGCGUAGAGAGAGUAGGUGCGGAGAUGAAGUAUAAAAAUGGAAUGUUGAGGCUUGUGGCUUGUGGAAGUGGAUACAGGGAGCGAGUUUGGAGGGUCGAGUGCAUUUAUGGGACAGAAAAAGGAUGAUGUGGUUUGUGACAGGAGAGGGAUCGUGGAGAGAGAGGGGGAGAGGAUAGUGUGGGUGGUGAAAUGGGUGCCUUGAUGAGCUAAACAGAAUAGUGUUGACGUAAGUGAUAAUGUAAGAGAGAGAGAGAGAGAGAGAGAGAGAGAGAGUAGCCAGGGGAAUUUCAUC